GCCGAGGGCGGCCUUCUGGCCGAAGCCGGCGACGCUCUAGGUAGCUGCGGCAGCUCCUCUGUGGCCAGUGGCAGCGGCGCUCUAGCCGGCGGCCGUGAGGGGCGAGCUUUCAGUGGUGCGGCCGGCAGGCAGCGAUGGCGGCCGUACGGGGCCUGCGGGUGUCGGUGAAGGCGGAGGCCCCGGCGGGGUCGGCCCUGGGGCUCCCGUCCCCUGAGGUGGAGUCCGGUGUUGAUCGUGGCGAGCCGGAGCCCAUGGAGGUGGAGGAGGGCGAGCUGGAAAUCGUGCCCGUGCGGCGGUCGCUCAAGGAACUGAUCCCGGACACAAGCAGAAGAUAUGAAAACAAGGCUGGCAGCUUCAUCACUGGAAUUGAUGUCACCUCCAAGGAAGCAAUUGAAAAGAAAGAGCAGCGAGCCAAGCGCUUCCAUUUUCGAUCGGAAGUAAAUCUCGCCCAAAGAAAUGUAGCCUUGGACCGAGACAUGAUGAAGAAAGCAAUCCCCAAGGUGAGACUGGAGACAAUCUAUAUUUGCGGAGUAGAUGAGAUGAGCACCCAAGAUGUCUUUUCCUAUUUUAAAGAAUAUCCUCCAGCUCACAUCGAAUGGUUGGAUGAUACCUCCUGUAAUGUAGUUUGGCUGGAUGAAAUGACAGCCACACGAGCACUUAUCAAUAUGAGCUCUCUGCCUGCACAGGAUAAGAUAAGAAGCAGGGAUGCCAGUGAGGACAAGUCAGCUGAGAAGAGGAAAAAAGACAAGCAGGAAGACAGUUCAGAUGAUGAUGAAGCUGAAGAAGGAGAGGUUGAAGAUGAGAACUCAAGUGAUGUAGAGUUGGACACGUUGUCUCAGGUAGAAGAGGAGUCUUUGUUAAGAAACGAUCUUCGUCCAGCUAACAAACUUGCUAAAGGAAAUAGGUUAUUCAUGAGAUUUGCUACAAAAGAUGACAAAAAGGAACUUGGAGCAGCCAGAAGAAGUCAGUAUUACAUGAAAUAUGGGAAUCCAAAUUACGGAGGCAUGAAAGGAAUUCUUAGCAAUUCAUGGAAGCGAAGAUAUCAUUCCCGUCGUAUUCAGAGGGACGUGAUCAAGAAGAGAGCCCUGAUUGGGGAUGACGUUGGCUUGACGUCGUAUAAACAUCGGCAUUCUGGGCUAGUGAAUGUUCCCGAGGAACCCAUUGAAGAGGAGGAAGAGGAGGAGGAGGAGGAGGAGGAAGAGGAGGAAGAAGACCAGGACAUGGAUGCAGAUGACAGAGUGGUAGUAGAGUACCACGAGGAGCUCCCGGCUCUCAAGCAGCCCCGGGAGCGGAGCACGUCUAGACGAUCCAGUGCCAGCAGCUCAGACUCAGAUGAAAUGGACUAUGAUCUAGAACUGAAAAUGAUUUCCACGCCUUCACCAAAGAAAAGCAUGAAAAUGACUAUGUAUGCUGACGAAGUGGAAUCUCAGUUGAAAAAUAUUAGGAACUCCAUGAGGGCAGAUAGUGUAUCUUCAAGCAAUAUCAAAAACCGAAUUGGUAACAAAUUACCACCUGAGAAAUUUGCAGAUGUCCGACAUCUGUUAGAUGAGAAACGUCAGCACUCCCGUCCACGGCCACCAGUCAGCAGUACUAAAUCAGAUAUACGCCAGCGGUUAGGAAAAAGACCACAUUCUCCAGAAAAGGCUUUUAGUAGUAACCCAGUCGUUCGGAGAGAGCCCUCUUCUGAUGUGCAUAGUAGGUUAGGUGUUCCCAGGCAAGAUAUUAAAGGCCUCUACGCUGAUACUCGGGAGAAGAAAUCAGGUAAUUUAUGGACUCGCCUAGGAUCUGCACCCAAGACCAAAGAAAAGAAUACGAAGAAAGUGGAUCACAGGGCGCCUGGCGCUGAGGAAGACGACUCCGAGCUGCAAAGGGCGUGGGGGGCUCUGAUUAAGGAGAAAGAGCAGUCUCGCCAAAAGAAGAGCCGCUGUUACCAGCACCCUUUUCCCAAGAAAAGUCAAUUCCCAGGUGCUUAUUGGACAUCCUUCGAGGGGGAAGAGGAGGGAAGCGGCCAGCUCACCCUUCCGGGACCCUAGUGUGGGGGCGAAUCUCACGGACCUGACCUCAGAGGUGCACCAGUGCCGCCCAGGUAGAUAAGAGCUGCAGCGUUGACUGUGCUUCCAUUCUUCCCUCGGGGAUUGCUCAUGUCAUGGGCCUCUUGCUGUCAGCUUGAUGUGAAGAUCAAGUUCAGUGCUGUGGGAUUUUUAGGAACAAAAAACUGUGACGUCUGGAUUUGGGGUUGAUUUUUGUGCUAGGGGUGGGAUUAUGGGUUAAUGUUGAAGAAUUUUUAAGUCUGUAUUAUGUUUAAAACAUGAAUGAUUUGAAAGUUUAAAUUUUUAAUUUUUAUAUGUGGAAAUUCUUCCUGUUGGCUAAAGGGGAAGCUCAAGUGGUGUCUUCUUUUGUGCUGUUAAAUAUAUAUUCUAUUCUUUGGAAGAAGGCAGAGAGAGGAGUCUUAUUAUUUUUAAAUGCUCCUAGUUGUAUAGUCUGUCUGUUGUACCUAGAGUUCAGCUUGUUUUUUGGCUCCAGUAGGAAAAAAAUCCAUCCAUCUGAGAUGGGGUCCUGUUGUUUAUUAUCACUCUAGAAGUUAUACAUUGAUAUUUAUUCUUUCUGUCCCCAAGUUGUGGCACCUGAAGACAUCUUCAAAAUUGGCAGUAAAGAUAAUAGUUAUAAAAAGUUUAGUUCAUUUAUUGUUAAACUCCUUUCGAUUAUUUCACCAUUAGGAGGAGGUAGAUGGUUUUGUCUUCCUGUCAGAUUUUUGUUUUGUAGUGUUUAAUUUUUAUUCCUCUGCAGUUUUAAGAAACAGUGUUUUGCUUCGGUUUGCUGGAACAUGGGAGUUAGAGAUGGUAAUAAGCCGUGGUCCUUUUUGCGAUGUCACAUCUCUUCACCUGCCUGGGCUGUUGCGCACACAGUGCAGCCUGGAUUCUGUCGAUCUUUACUUGUGGCUGAGCUAAUGGUCACAUUGAUAGUUGAUUACACUGUGGCACGAAUUAAUGCAGAACACUGUUAUUAAUAAAGGAAGUAAAGGGCUGCAAGAUUUGAGAGCUGCAACAAAAACUGUAUUGUCCCAUAUUUUGUUGAUUAACCUGCUUUUUCUCCCUCCCUUUAGAGAGAUUAGAGGAUAUAACCAUGAUAUAUUUCAGCUUCUUAAUAGGAUUCUAGGAAGGAGAUGAUUCUGGUUUCUCUGCCAGUUGAGACUUAAGGCAUCUGAGAUUUCUCAGCUUUUCUUUCCUUGUGAAGCAUACGGCUGAGAGCCAGGUUCUUAGGAAGGGUCAGGGUUUGGGGAAUUGGUAGAGUGAGAAGUGCGGGGGCCUGAGAAUCAGACAUCUGGAUGCCAACGCCUGGCUCUGCUCCAUGGACCUGGGCCUCAGUUUUCCCGUCUAGCAGUUGAGCAGGCUGCCACCAGAAUUCCUGGCUUUGUUGGUGCGUCUCAGUGGCGGUUGAUUCUUCCCAAACUGUGACGGCAGUGGGCUCGCCAGCAUUAAUUUCUACUGCAGGUGGAGGAAGCGCCAGGGAGACAACUGAGGGCAUGCAUGAGGUGUAGACGGGCUCAUUCCCAUCCCAGCACAGUCUCUGCUUCUACUAAUGGGGCAAAGAUGUCUUGUGGUCAGGGUCCCAGCUGGCAUGGCCUCUGCAGGGUGUAGAAUACGCUCCUUCACAGACUUGCCUUCUGCUUUUCCACCAGCAGCUCAGGUCCAUUUGUUCCAUGGCCCUUCAGCACUCACCAGUCUCCUGCUGGAGAUCAGCAAAGACAUUCUGGAAGGAGGUGGCGUGCAGCCAAAACUGGGUCUUUGAUCUAACCAAGAAAAAUACACACUUGAGUAGCCUUACAGUUUUCACAGACACACAGAGAGAACCCAGAAAGGCAGCUUUAAAGAUUUUUGCUUCUCAGAGUUACUGGCCUUGUUAGCCUCUCUAACCCUCCUGCCCACUCUCAGAGAGUUACUGGCCGUAUUAGCCUCUCUAACCCUCCUGCCCACUCUCAGUCACUCCGAUCUUGCAACAUCUCGAGUGCGUCCUGAAUGGCGAGGCCUUUUCUUUGGAGUUCAAGAGUGAGAAUGGAGAGUCAGGACAGGCCCCUGGCAGGCAGCUGGGCGUGCUUUUACCCUGGACGCUCCCCACACAUGUGGGCACAGGGCUGCACACUGUGUGUGUUCCUCUUAGUCUUAUGUGUAGGAGAUUUUACAUACAUGUUUGCUGCUUGAUGAUAAUUGCAGAUACCUCAUUUGUUUCCCAUUCUCCUCUCUGGAGAGUUACCAGGUACCCAGGAUAAUUUGUGGCGUCCUCAGGAUGUAGUCUCAUCCUCUGGCCCCCUUGUAGUCUGAUCCUGUGAACCCCUCCCCGUUCUUCAGCCACUGCCCUUUCCAGCUGCAUUUGUACAGCAGCCUCUUCGCUGGUCUCUGCCCUGUCUCCAUUUAUCACCCAAAGAAACCCUGAGCCCAUUAGCAACGCUCCCUAUUCCCUCUUCCCUCUUAGCCUCUGGCCACCACUGAUCUUCCUUCUCUCUCUGUGGAUUUUGCCAAUUCUGGACAGUUCAUAUAAAUGGGAUCAUAUACUAUAUGUCUAUUUGUGACUGGCUUCUUAACAUAUUUUUGAGGUUCAUCCAUGUCAUAGCAUAUAUGAGUAUUUCAUUUUUUAAAAUUGCCGAAUAAUAGUCCAUUUUAUGGGUACACCACAUUUUUUUUGGUCCACUCAUUGGUUAACGGGCAUUUGAGUUGUUUCUACUUUAGGGCUAUAUAUAUAUAUUUCUAUUUCUAUUUCUGUAAUUUAUUUUUGAGACAGAGUUUCGCUCUUGUUGCCCAGGCUGGAGUGCAAUGGCACGAUCUUGGCCCACUGCGACCUCCGCCUCCGGGUUCAAGCAAUUCUCCUGCCUCAGCCUCCAGAGUAGCUGGGAUUACAGGCAUGUGCCACCACGCCUGGCUAAUUUUUUGUAUUUUUAGUAGAGAUGGGGUUUCACCAUGUUGGUCAGGCUGGUCUCGAACUCCUGACCUCAGGUGAUCUGCCCACCUCAUCUUCCCAAAGUGCUGAGAUUACAGGUGUGAGCCACCGCACCUGGCCGUACUUUUUGGCUAUUAUGAAUAAUGUUGCUACGAACAUUCCCGAACAAGUUUUUGCAUGGACAAGUGUUUUCAUGACUCUUGGGUGUAUACUUAGGAGUGGAAUUGCUGGGUCAUAAUUAUCUUUAACCUUUUGAGGAACUGCCAGGUGGUUUUUCCAAGGAGCUAUAUCAUUUUCCAUUCCCACCAGCAGUGUGUGAGGGUUCCAGUUUCUCCACAUCUCCACCAACACUCAUUAUUUUCUGGUGUGAAGUGGUAUCUCAUUGUAGUUUUUUAUUUUUAUUUUUUCUUUUUAAAAUACAUUUUGUACAGAUGGGGUCUCGUUAUGUUACCCAGGCUGGUCUAACACUUCUGGCCUCAAGUGAUCUUCCUGCCUCGACCUCCCAAAGUGCUAGGAUUACAGGCAUGAGCCAUCAUGCCUGGCCCUCAUUGUGGUUUUGAUUUGUAUUUCCCUAAUGACUAAUGAUGUCGGGCACCUUUUCACAUGCAUCAGGAUGAACUUUCUUAAAUAUAAAUCUGAUUCUGUUAUUCCUCUGCUUGAAACUUUUCCAAAGCUUCACUAUUACCCUGAGAAUAAAUUCCACACUCCUGAUCGCAUGAGUCCAGGAAUUCAAGACUGCAGUGAGCUGUGAUCAAGCCACUGCACUCCAGCCUGGGCAGCAGAGCAAGACCUGUCUCAAAAAAUACAUACAUACAUAAAUUCCACCCUUUUUGAUAGCAUGUUAUAAGGCUCACCAAGGUCUAUCCUCUGGCAGUAUCCCUGGCCUGUUCUCCCCAUCUCCCCUGCCCUCUGCUCACCAGUUCCCCAAAUGCAUCUUGAUCUCACUAGCCCUACAGACUGUGCACAGAGCUGUUUCUACCUCCAGCGACAUACUUCCCCCCAGGCUUCUCCCCCUCCUGCCUCAAUUUUCCCCUCACCAACUUAAGGUCUUAGGGGCCCUUCUAGGAGGCAGUCCCCAACUUCCAGAGCCGGGGUAUAGGCUACUUCUAUGUGUCCCAUGGUACUGCCACAGAAGAGUCAGCUGUCUCCAGGAUUCAGUUCUAAGGUCAGUGCCUCAGAUAAAAAUGGAGUGUAAUUAAAGUUCCUCUUAGAAAUCUAAGGAAGGUGCCCUAUUGAAGACCAACAUCUUGAGGUCCCGUGUAGUCAUUUCUUGCCCAUGUGGGAACAGAUUAUUGUUUGGCUGAGUACCAGGUGAAGUGACUGGCCUGCAGUUAGGGCUGCGUUGUGCAAAAAUCACUUGUUUUUGGGUAUUAGAACCAUAUUUAGGCGAGAAGAUCACUUUUGGGGAGCUUGGGAACUGAGGCAGGCCACAGGUGCAGCAGACUCAUGAGCUUGCCCCGGCCCGCCCUCCUGUCUAUGCUCAUGGAGUGAAGGAGGGGCCAGCGGAAUGGCCCAAACAACUGAUUUGUUUUUCUUUUUUUAAAUCUUUUUCAGACAAAUACCGUUGUGUUUAAGUGAAAUGUGUGUAUAAUGCCAAAUCACUGUACCCCACAACCCUGCACACCUCUACACUGGACUGUAAUUUCUUGUUCCUAGUUUGUCUUGCUAGACUGUAAGCUCCGUGAGAGCAGGGACCGUGUCUGCUUGUUCAGUGGGCUUUUCCCGGUGCCUACCAGCAUGCCUGGCAUCUAGCAGGUCUUCUGUAAAGAUGGGAUGAAUUUGUAAACCCUCCAGCCUCAGGAAUGGCUCCAUCCUCUGAGGCUCUGGGGCCCUCUGACAGGCUAGUCAUUUUUCUGCCAUGUACGUACAAUGCUUUAUUUUCAUGUUGUAUUUUCCUUUCUAGCCAUAAGCAAGCUCCUAAUGAGCAAGUUUCUUUGUGGUGUUAUCUCUGUAUCCUUUCGUCAGGCCAGCCCAGAGUAAGUAGUGCUUCGAAAGUGGUCGGUAAAUGAAUGAAUUAUGGUAACCCAGCCCAGCUCUGGCAUCGUGGUCUGCAGGUUAGUCUAAUUCUAGAUGAAAGCCCCAGAUUCAAAAAAGGGAAGAUUAUUCAGAAGUGCAUAUGGUUGUAUAAGGAAAAAAAAAAAAUCUCAUUAAAUAGACCUGAGUAAACUUCAAAUUUUGAUGAUUUGGCCAUGUCGGAGCUGAAGCUUACCCAGCUCUUUAAAGCAUUUGCUAGGGAAUCAUGCAGAUGGUCCAAAAUAUUUUUUUUUUUUUUUUUUGAGACGGAGUCUCGCUGUGUUGCCCAGGCUGGAGUGCAGUGGCGCAAUCUCGGCUCACUGCAAGCUCCGCCUCCCGGGUUCACGCCAUUCUCCUGCCUCAGCCUCUCCGAGUAGCUGGGACUGCAGGCGCCCGCCACCACACCCGGCUAAUUUUUUUGUAUUUUUAGUAGAGACGGGGUUUCACCGUGGUCUCCAUCUCCUGACUUCGUGAUCCGCCCGCCUCGGCCUCCCAAAGUGCUGGGAUUACAAGCGUGAGCCACCGCGCCCGGCCGGUCCAAAAUAUUUUUUAGAAAAGCAUUCAUCUGUCCCAGGAUAGAAGUAGAGGAAGCUGGUAGGCAGGCGCUAGGCACUAGGCCCUAAAGAAGUACUGCUGAGCCAGUUCUUAAGCCUGUGGUCCUAUUGGUGAGGAAAGUGACAGCAGUCCAGAGCACGUGAAAAGAGCGGAGCUCAUUCCUGCGGUGGCUCUUUUGCCUAAAGCAGCAUUCCUCAAACUUCUCACUCGAAGCAUUAAGUUACAGUGAGAUGCUAACACGCACUUUAGACUUAAGUCAAAAUUUACUGUGAAGCCACAGCAAACCGUGGCUUCACAGAUGAACUAGUUGCUACACAAAUGAGUUUGGUACGUAAGUACAGUAAUUACUUUUAAACCUUAUAAUAACAAGAAGUAAAUUAGAAGUUAAACCAUGUUUUUCUUUUACAAACUGAAAGAAGAGAAUGCUUUUGAUACUGAGAAUCGCACACUGUGUCAAGGCAGAUUGUUCUUGCAUAACCAGACCCACAAUAAAUAUCUAGAACUUUUCUUACAUGUUUAUAAAAUAAAUCUUAGAAGAAAAAAUAUUGUAGCUUUUUUUUUUUUUUUCAAUGAAACUCUAUGAACAUUUCACAGAACUUUGUUCCUGGGAGUAGUUAGGGAAAUGCUGCUUCAAAAAGCCGAUUUUAAGUAGUUGUGAGGCAUCAGAGUGGAAUUUGGCUGCACUAUCCAUAAAACUUGAGAGUAUAGGUGGUACUUCACCUACUAAGGUCAGUACCCUGCCUCAGGAUUCUUACCUGUUCAUUUGAGCAAUUCCAGGGGCCCUCUCUGGAUGACCAGAUUCUUAAAUAGUUGAGACUUUGUGUUAUCUCAAAUUGUCACCAACACCUCUGGGCCAGUGUGGGUUAGUGAGGUCGAGAGGCCCACACCAUUGGCAGAAAAGAAUUCUUGGGCCGGGCGCGGUGGCUCAUGCCUGUAAUGCCAGCACUUUGGGAGGCCGAGGUGGGUGGAUCACCUGAGGUCGGGAGUUCAAGACCAGCCUGGCCAACAUGUUGAAACCCCAUCUCUACUAGAAAUACAAAAAUUAGCUGGGCAUGGUGGUGGGCACCUCUAGUCCCAGCUACUUGGGAGGCUGAGACAGGAGAAUUACUUGAACCCGGGAGGCAGAGAUCGCGCCACUGCACUCCAGCCUAGGCGCCAGAGUGAGACUCCGUCUCAAAAAAAAAAAAAAAAAAAUUCUCACCUUCUUGUCCCUUCCUAGGAUUUUCGUGGUAGUGUUCAAUCCUAUGAUGUGGCCAUCUUCUCCUCCAGGCCUGUGAGAGGCAGGAAGCAUCUUUAGCUCGGGUAGAAUGCCUGUUGGGGAAAGUCAAAUAGGAUGGCGGCUGGGGCCAGGGCCCUGGGGACUCCUUCUGCCCCACAUACUCAAUUGGAAAGACUGAGCAAGUCCCGUCACCUCCCUGGGCCACAGCUUCCCUGUCUGUCAAAUGGAGGGCUCAACUGGGAUGAGCUCCAGUUUCCUUCUAGUGCUAAUGUGUGUUCGAGGACCCUUGCUCUCCUUUCCAGGGAGCAUCAGGGGUGUGGGCUAGACAGCAGGAAAGAAGUAGGGGUUUGUAAACAAGAGAUCCAAGCCCCUGGACCCUUGGUCCCAGCACCCCGUGCAGCCCUCCCCCUCCCAGCCCCUUCCUUAGAAAGGACAAGAGAAUCCACUCCUUGUUCUCUCCCUGUCCCAUUACCCCCUCAGUCCCCCACAGAUCUGAGGCCAGAGGACGCCAACAUGGUGAGCACCCUCUUGCUGUCUUAUUCACGUAGGCUUUUCUUGGUGCCUGCACAGGGCCCUUGUAAGGCUGCCAAUCUUACUGGAUUAUGACCUCAUUUAACCUUAAUUACUUCCUAAAAGCCAUAUCUCCAAGAAGAGCCACACUGGGGGGUUAGGGCUUCAACAUAUGAAUUUGGAGGACAGUUACAGUUCAGUCCACAGCACCUGGUCAUGUGGAGAUCCCAGUCUGCAUUUGUGGGAUGAAAUCUCUGCUUUUUUAAAGUUUACACACCACCUAGCUGGGCACAUGGCUCAUGCCUGUAAUCUCAGCACUUUGGGGGGCCAAGGUGGGGGAUCACCUGAUGUCAGGAGUUUGAGACCAGCCUGGCUAACAUGGUGAAACCCCGUCUCUACUAAAAAUACAAAAAUUAGCCGGGUGUGGUGGCAGGCGCCUGUAGUCCCAGCUACUCGGGAGGCUGAGGCAGGAGAAUCGCUUGAACCCAGGAGGCAGAGGUUGCAGUGAGCCGAGAUUGUGCCACUGCACUCCAGCCUGGAUGAAAGAGCAAGACUCCAUCUCAAAAACAAAAAUAAAAAAAGUUUACACACCAAAAGAGCUGAAGGCAGGAGAGUUUGUGGUGGUUCAGAGUCCUGAUUCUGGGGGAAACAGACCGUUUGGAGUCCCAGCUCUGCUCCUCACUAGCUGUGUGGCCUCUUGGAGCAGUCAUCCUCAUCUGAGAAAUCGGGUUGACCUUGUAGGUGACUGAGAGGCUCAGACGAGUGCUCGCCUAUGAGGCCUUGGCACUGAGCAGGCACUCCUACUGAGCGUUCAAAGGUCGUGAGUGCCACUGCUCUGCAGCCUUAGGCUCUGGUCUCAGCAGUGUCAUCGCUGUUUCUGGCUUCCUAAGACUCAGAAGGCAAGUGGGGGAAUAGAACCAUUUCCUGCCUCUGAAGGCUGUGCCUUAGUGCUUUUGACUCACUCUGAAGACGGCAGGCAGCCCUUUCUGUUUCUUUUGAGAUGAAGUCUUACUCUGUCACCCAGGCUGGAGUGCAGUGGCGCAAUCUCGGCUGGCUGCAACCUCUGCCUCCCAGGUUCAAGCAGUUCUCCUGCCACAGCCUCCCGAAGCUGGGACUACAGGCACACGCUGCCAUGCCUGGCUACUUUUUGUAUUUUUAGUAGAGACAGGGUUUCACCGUGUUGCCCAGGCUGGUCUCAAACUCCUGAGCUCAGAUGAUCUGCCCACCUCGGCCUCCCAAAGUGCUGGCAUUACAGGUGGGAGCUACCACGCCCAACCCACAGGCAGCCCUUUCACCUCACGCCGAGCACUUAUCCUCCAUCCAUGAACAUUUUGCAACUUUUUUUAAAGAGACAGGUUCACACUAUGUUGUCUAGAUUGGACUCAAACUCCUGGGCUCAAGCUUUCCCAAGUAGCUUGAGCCUCUCAAGUAACAGGGACUGCAAGUGCACCUGGCCUUUUUUUUUUUUUUGAGACGGAGUCUCGCUCUGUCGCCCAAGUGGAAUGCAGUGGUGCGAUCUCGGCUCACCGCAAGCUCCGCCUCCUGGGUUCACGCCAUUCUCCUGCCUCAGCCUCCCGAGUAGCUGGGACUAUAGGCGCCCGCCAACACACCCGGCUAAUUUUUUUUUGUAUUUUUAGUAGAGACUGGGUUUUGCCGUGUUAGCCAGGAUGGUCUCGAUCUCCUGACCUCGUGAUCCGCCCGCCUCGGCCUCCCAAAGUGCUGGGAUUACAGGCGUGAGCCACCACGCCCGGCCCACCUGCCCAUUUUUUAAAAACUUUAUUCUUCCUGGUAUCAAGGGGAGAAAGAAAAAAGAUUUUAAAAAAUGUCUAAAACUUUAUUUUGAAAUAAUUUCAAAAUCACAGCAGUUUCAAGGGUACAACAAAGAACACUUUGCCACAUUUUCUCCUUUAUUCAUUCCCUCCUCUUCUCCCUCACCCCUUUUUCUUCCCAUCCUCUGAACCAUGAACCAUUUGAGGGUUAUUUGUAUACAUCAUGCUCGUUUAUCCAUAAGACGUUUUAGUGAACAUUUCCCAAGAACAGGGACCGCCUCUCACAUGCCCGUGGUACAGUUCUCAAAUUCAGGAAAUGUGUAAUAUUCUCUGAUCAGCCCAAGAGUCGCUAGUUUGUAGUUCCUGUUUCAGAUUUGCCAGCUGUCCCAGUCAUGAUUUUGAAAGCCGUUGUUUUUCUGGUCCAGGAUCCGGUCCAGGAUCAGGCGAUGCCUUUCGUUAUCCUCUCUGCAGCCUCCUUUCCUUUGGAGUAGGCCCUGAGCCUUUCUUUGUCUUUCGUGGCAUUGAUGCAUGUGAAGAGUGCAUUGCAGUUUCUGUUGUAGAAUGUCCCUGAAGUUGGUCCUGGAAUAUUUGUUUAAAGUGAGUUGGGAAACCACAUUCACGUGUCUUUUGGUUAUGUGUAUAUUCGCCAAACACCCAGCCUUGCACUGGGUGCUGUGAUGGGGAGCAUUACGCAACAGAGCCUGGCCCUGACCCCGGGGAUAUAGUUUGGGUUUGUGGGGAAAGCAGCUACCGCCAGGUGGGCUUUACGGACCCCUAUGUGUCUCAUGACUAGAGGCACUGACGCUUGGAUAAAUACGUAUUGGAUGGAUGCAGGAUGAGUCAGCAUUCUAGAAGUCUGCAAAGGUACAGAAAUGGCCCUGCUCCCUGUCCAGCAUCCAGUCAUCAGCUUUCCCUGGCUUCCCGAGGCACCCUGACGUUCACACUCCAAACACAAAGUCUUCUCUCAGGAAUCUCGAGUGAGCUGCAGUCUGGGUUCCAGCCCUGCCCUACCAGGGAUCUGCUCAGUGACGGGGCUGCCCGCUUCCCGCUUUAGGCCAGUGCUGGGGAGAGGAGACGCCUCUGACUCUCCCCAGUGCCCUUGGAGCGCAGAAUGAAGUGAGGGGAGGAGGAGGGUCACGAGCCCUGGAGUGCUGGGAAGACAGGCUGUGGGCCCCAGGCCCCGAUGCCGCCUGGGACCAGGUUCAACAGAAGUAGGAUGGUUUCAUCAUGACCUGGCAGGAAAACCACCAGACCUGGAAUUUUGCUUUUACAACUGUUUAACUUCUCUGCUGUUUAACUUCUGUUUCAUACAGGAUGAAAACCGGUGAAUUGUAAUCUCACAUAACCGAGCAAGAUCUAGUAGUCAUAAGCAUUUUGUCAGAGCAAAGCAGACAAGGCAGAGUGUUGGAAAUGUCAUCGGAUCUUCACAGAACCUUAGCCAAGCAACCUUUCAGUGCGAGAAACAAAAUCACAUGGAUUUUUAUCUAGUAAUCAAGUCAACACCAUUGUCCACUCUGUGUUAACACAUUCACAUUUCAGAGUGAAUGGGGCUGCAGACACUCAUGUGAGAGAGACUUGGAAUGUCCUGCCUUUUUACCUUUAAUUAAAAUUAAAUAAAAUAUAUAAAAUUCAGUUCA